CGCUGUCCGCCUGCUAGCGUCCGGGGCACCGCCUCUGAGUAGGGCGGGCGAGGAGGCAACCGAGGCGGAGCUGAUGGCUGCGCUGAGGGCGGGGCGGGGUGCAGGCUGGAGCCUCCGGGGAUGGCGGGCCUUGGGGGGUAUUCUCUGGGGUAAGGGACCUUUGUUGACCCCUGACCUACGGGCCCUGCUGAUCGGCACUCCUGACCCCCAGGCCCGGGUGACUUAUGGGACCCCCAGUCUCCGGGCCCGAUUGUGUGGGGUCCCUGAGUCCCGGGCAUGUCUGACGACUGCCCCGGAUCCUCGGGCACGAGUGACUGCUGAGACCCCAGAUUCGACCCAAGAGUCCUCGGGGACCCCUGGAACCCGCCCGCGCAUGUGGCUGGCGGUAGCGCUGGGCGCUGGGGGAGCUGUGCUGCUGCUGUUGUGGGGCGGCGGUCGGGGUCCCCCAGCGGUCCUUGCUGCGGUCCCUGCUCCGCCUACCUCACCCCGGAGCCAGUACAACUUCAUCGCAGACGUGGUGGAGAAGACGGCACCUGCCGUGGUCUAUAUCGAGAUCCUGGACCGGCACCCUUUCUCUGGCCGGGAAGUCCCAAUCUCAAAUGGCUCAGGAUUUGUGGUGGCUGCUGACGGGCUCAUCGUUAACGCCCAUGUGGUGGCCGAUCGGCGCCGAGUCCGUGUGAGGCUGCCUAGUGGUGACACAUAUGAGGCCAUGGUCACAGCUGUGGAUCCUGUGGCAGACAUUGCCACGCUGAGGAUUCAGACCAAGGAGCCUCUCCCCACACUGCCCCUGGACGCUCAGCUGAUGUCCGGCAAGGGAGUUUGUUGUUGCCAUGGAAGUCCCUUUGCACUGCAGAACACGAUCACAUCUGGAAUAGUCAGCUCUGCUCAGCGUCCAGCCAGAGACCUGGCUCCCCAAACCAAUGUGGAAUACAUUCAAACUGAUGCAGCUAUUGAUUUUGGAAACUCCGGAGGUCCCCUGGUUAAUCUGGUGAGAUGGGAGGUGAUUGGAGUGAACACCAUGAAGGUCACAGCUGGAAUCUCCUUUGCUAUCCCUUCUGAUCGCCUUAGAGAGUUUUUACAUCGUGGGGAAAAGAAAAACUCCUGGUUUGGAAUCAGUGGGGGCCAGCGCCGCUACAUUGGGGUGAUGAUGCUGACUCUUACUCCAAGCAUCCUUGCUGAACUACAGCUUCGAGAACCAAGCUUUCCUGAUGUUCAGCAUGGUGUGCUCAUCCAUAAAGUCAUCUUGGGUUCCCCUGCACACAGGGCUGGUCUACGGCCUGGUGAUGUGAUCUUGGCCAUUGGGGAGCAGCUGGUACAAAAUGCUGAAGAUGUUUAUGAAGCUGUUCGAACCCAAUCCCAGCUGGCAGUGAGGAUCCGGCGGGGACCAGAAACACUGACCUUAUAUGUGACCCCUGAGGUCACAGAAUGACUGGAUUAGUAAGAGUGUGAGGCUCUUGCUCUGAUUCCUCUUGGCCUUCCUAUCCUGGGUUCUGAGGGCACCUGGACAGAGGAUUCAAUGAACCAGUGGGGGGCAGGUCCCUCCAAUCACCAGCACCAAUUCCUGGGCUCUGAAGAAUCACAAGAACACUUUUUAUAUAAAAUAAAAUUAUACCCAGCAACAUGUUAUAGUCAAAAAUGGGAGGGGGGCUGGAUCCUUCUGCCCACCUGAAGGCUAGAGGUAAAGCUGUAGCCCCCCCCUUGAAAUUAGGGGAACUACAGGAGCUGACCAUCCUGACCUCCUUAUUCAAGAAAAUUGGGGCUGCUGCCAUCUCUUGUUCUGGGCAGUUAGGUGCUGUUCUUUGUGGUGUGUUCUGCUUGGUGCUGAGUCCAGGAGCAGAGAUUCCCCAUACUUUGCCACAGAUACUGACAGCUGGCCUAGGAAGGGGGCAAUAAUUUCUGCUUGAAAGUUCCACAUCCAUGGUGCACAGGUGGAUGGGUGCAGCAGGCUGUUGACAUUGGGGGUUCUGUGGUAAGCUCCUGAGGUAAUGGCAGCCUCAGACCCCUGCUGGGGGCCAGUGGUGGUUUGCAGAAGAGGGUGGUGGCCCGUCCUUUAGAUGAUCUGGUUGCUAGUCUGGCCAGGGUAGCGCUCGAACCUCCUGUUGGCCUCUUCACUGAAGGCAUCACCUGCAGAGUAGACAGGCAGUGUGGGGGAAUGCCCUACAUAGGGGCAGGAAGACAUCCAUUCUGGGGAAGAGUUAGAAUAAGUGGAGAGACAGGUCCAGAAGUAUGUAGGGGCUGGGCAUGGUGGCUUGGGAGGCUGAGGCAGGAGGAUUGCAAGUUCGAUGCCAGCCUCAGCAAUUUAGCAAGGCUCUAAUUUAGCAAGGUCCUCAGCAAUUUAGUAAGACCUUGUCUCAGAAU